AGUAACAAGCUUUUAAAGUAACAAGCCGUUUUUUCCGCUGGAAAUUCUCAUCUGCUUGUGUACAGCGCCCGAAAUCGCGUUUGGCGUUACAUUACGGGGGGCGUGUUUAGCGUUAAUCAAACGAUAUAUCCCUAAAUGCAAGAUAGAACCGUUAUCACGCAAACAUAUGAUGUUAUCGCGUUGACAUAUGAUUAGUGACAGGAGGAGGAAACAUGGCCGCGCAUCUCUCUCGUGUGAUUUCUCUAUAGGUCAUUCUGAAUGAUCUGCCCCCCUUCGUUACACUUGCUCUCUUUUCUCGUAUUUUCAUUUUUAUUUUUCGAUUUUGUAUUCAUGUUCCAUUUCAUCUCGAGUGCAAUGGAUAUAACACAGUGUUGAAAGACUUGAAAUAAACUGAACACGUUUGAACUUUUAAGAAUGAAGUGUAAAAAGUGUAGCUAAGACAAACGCGGAUCGAAUGAUGUGACAGGUAUGUCGAGCGUGGCCGUAAGAUGUAAACAGAACGAAAUGUAAAUCGUUCUAAUGAAGAUUAUCGAAAGGUGAAUUGAGAUGUACACGUUGCUACACGGUCUGUACAAGUAUUUGGUGCAAAAAGACGAGUAUUUUAUUCUGAUACUGGGACUCGACAAUGCGGGAAAGACGACUUAUUUGGAAGCGGCGAAAACAAAAUUCACCAAAAACUACAAGGGGAUGAACCCGAGCAAAAUCACAACGACCGUGGGUUUGAAUAUCGGCAAGAUCGACAUCGCCGGCGUUUCCUUCAAUUUUUGGGACCUCGGUGGCCAAGAAGAACUCCAAUCUUUGUGGGAUAAAUAUUACGCAGAAUCUCAUGCUGUGAUUUAUAUCGUCGACUCGUCCGACCGUGAUAGAAUACCGGAUUCCAAAGAAACUUUUGAUAAAGUUAUAUCAUCUGAACACUUAACGGGCGUACCUUUAUUGGUAUUGGCCAAUAAGCAGGAUGUACCUGAUUGCAUGGGUGUCAGGGAAGUAAAGCCGAUAUUCAAUCAAAGUGCACACUUAAUUGGUAGAAGGGACUGCAUGGUGAUGCCUGUAUCAGCUCUUAAUGGUGAUGGUGUAGAUGAAGGCAUACACUGGCUGGUGGACUGUGUCAAGAGGAACAACGAUGUACGACCACCCCGCAAUCAGAAUGACAGCUGCUUAUCUUAAACAGAACAUUCCCGCUCCACGAUAAAUCGUAUAAAAGGAGACACUACAAUGCCAAUGCACUGUACAUAUUCAUAUUGCACAUGUGUGUACGGUGUUUUCGUAAAUAAACAAAUUUUUCCUAA